AUGGCCAUUCCUGCCCAAUGUGGGGCUCUAGUGGGCAUCUUUGCUCUGAAACUCAUCAUUGGAUUGGCUGAGACUUUGCCAGAUCUGCCUCAUGCUCUGAGCACCUACUACCGAAUCCUGGGACUGGGCAGGUUAUUCCCUGGGGAGUGCAAAGUUGCAGCCUCCAGAAACGAGACGGGCGUCCUCCUCUGCUUGUCCACCGGGCGCGCUGUACUGUCCCGCGUCCGCCUUCAGGAAAGGAUGCUCUUUGGGGACAGCGGCCUUUGUCGAGGCCGGGCAGCGGGCACCAGCGAACCUAACAGCAGACCCACGCGUGGUGCCGGAGGAGCAGCCUCUGCUCGUCCUCGAGCCCUGUCAGCGGAACUGCUCGCUGCCGCCAUCAUGUCUGCUACAAAUUCUGAGACUCAAAAGUCAACCAUCUCCAGAGAGGCCAGCACCCAGUCCUCAUCAUCUACGACCAGCCAAGGCUAUGUUUUACCUGAAGGCAAAAUCAUGCCAAACACAGUUUUUGUUGGUGGAAUUGAUGUUAGGAUGGAUGAAGCUGAAAUUAGAAGUUUCUUUGCUAGAUAUGGUUCAGUAAAAGAAGUGAAGAUAAUCACGGAUCGAACUGGUGUAUCCAAAGGCUAUGGAUUUGUUUCAUUUUAUAAUGAUGUGGAUGUGCAGAAGAUAGUAGAAUCACAGAUAAAUUUCCAUGGUAAAAAGCUGAAACUGGGCCCUGCAAUCAGGAAGCAAAAUUUAUGUGCUUAUCAUGUGCAGCCACGUCCUUUGGUUUUUAAUCCUCCUCCUCCACCACAGUUUCAGAGUGUCUGGAGUAAUCCAAAUGCUGAAACUUACGUGCAGCCUUCAACCAUGAUGAAUCCUAUAACUCAGUAUGUUCAGGCAUAUCCUCCUUAUCCAACUUCACCAGUUCAGGUCAUCACCGGAUAUCAGCUGCCUGUUUAUAAUUAUCAGAUGCCACCACAAUGGUCUACUGGGGAACAAAGGAGUUAUGUUAUACCUCCGGUUUAUGCAGCUGUUAACUACCACUGUAAUGAAGUUGAUUCAGGAGCUGAAAUUUUGACAAGUGAAUGCUCGGUUCAUGAAGCUACUUCUCCAUCCUCUGGAAAUGGCCCACAAAAGAAAUCUGUGGAUCGAAGCAUACAGACGGUGGUAUCUUGUCUGUUUAAUCCAGAGAACAGACUGAGAAACUCUGUUGUUACUCAAGAUGACUACUUCAAGGAUAAAAGAGUGCAUCAUUUUAGAAGAAGUCGGGCAGUGCUUAAAUCUGUUUGA